AUGGAAAAUAAUGUUGAUGGUAAAUAUCCUUUUACAGGGGACGAAGAAUAUGAUAAGUUGGUUAAAGCAUUUUACAUUGUUAGGGGUGUUUCAUUUUUCGUAUUAUUUGUUUUAAAUAUAGUUCAAACAUACUAUGAAUUAUUACACUUAAAAAAAAAAAAAAAGGGCCCAACUCCCAGGUUUAUGACAUUUGUUUCGAUCACUUUAUUCCCUUUUUGUAAAACUUUACAAUCAUUUUUUUCAAUUGGUUUUGCAGAUACAAGAACAGGUUCGGUUUCAUGGUAUAUGGGUAUUUGGGGAACAUUAUUUUUAUCUACAGAAUGGAUUUUUAUAGGUUGUUUUUGGACUAGAUUGUUGUAUACUUUUUUCACUAGUAAAAAAAUUGCAAUGGGAAAUAUAAAGAAAACUUGGUAUUCAGCAUGGGCCAUCACUGCAAUUUUAUUUGCAUGGAAUAUAAUAUUAAUGGUUUUAGUAAAUGUAAAAUCUAAAACAUUAACCGCAUCAGUUAGUUCAAAAGGUUUUAUUUCUUUGGUAGCAUUAUUAGGUACCUUUUUAUUAGUAAAUGGUUUUGUAUUGGUAAUAAAUUUAAAAACUCAAGAUAAGAAAUCCAACACCUUUCAAAAAACAAUCUCUAGAACUCUUCGUUUAUCUUUAAUUUGUUUAUUCAUCGUAUUGGGUAUGAUUGUUAGAGAGAUUAUAGUUGCCAUUUCAAAGAUUUCUACAAGUUCAAAUUAUCGUUACGCUGCAAUUUUUGUAACAUUUUUUUUAGAGUUUCCCCAAUGUGUAGUAGUAAUGGUUGCUUUAGCUGAUGAUGGUGUAUAUUGGAAAAACUAUUUUAAAUUUUCUAAAAUUGCAAAAGAAUCCAAUUCAUCUCAAACUUCAAUUCACGAUAGUAGCUCCAGUGGUAAACAUGUAUCAAAUGGUAGCGGUGCAAUCGAAAUAGAUCUAAAUUCAAUGACAAUGGAUGACAGUGGUUUCUCAUCAAAAAAAUCAUCAAAUAAUAUUGCUCGUACAAACUCUAAAACUCCAGUAUCAAUAAUAGCAUCAUCAGAUUCUAAUAUUAACUCUUCUACAGAUCAUAUAAUAAAUGAUAAUAAUAUAGCAGAAAAUAAUGAUACUAAUAAUGACCAAAAUAAUACAGAAAAUGAAAACAAUAUAUAA